CACACUCACUUCAUCUUCCUCCAUCAAAACAUAAGCAUCUUAAGCUUCCUUCUCUGUAUAAAAGAACCACACUCACUUCAUCUUCCUCCAUCAAAACAUAUAUUCAUUUUACCACUGAGCUGAACCAACCUUAGUUACAGAAGAAUUAAAAGAUGAGUUCAGCAAGCAGAGCUUGGAGUGUUGCAGCAAGUGUCGGAGUUGUGGAAGCCUUGAAGGAUCAAGGCGUGUGUAGGUGGAAUCAUGCGUUCAGAUCAAUUCAGCAACAAAUGAGAACUCAAGUGAGGUCUCUGUCUCAAGCAAACAAGCUUUCUUCUUCCUCUUCUGCCAUGGCCUCCACCAGACUAAAAGAUAGCCACACAAAGCAGGCUGAGGAGUCCUUAAGGACGGUCAUGUACUUAAGUUGCUGGGGUCCCAACUAAACUAUAUUUUUGGAUUGAACUGAUUUAUCGGCCAUCUCUUUCAACAACAUGGAGGCUGAUAAUUCAGGGGCUAUUAUUUAGUCCUUCCUUGGUGCUUGUAUAUAUAAUGUUAUUAAUGAAACUCUUUUUCUCCAUUCAA